AUGGAACAAAGCGGACAGGAAUCCUGGCGAAAAGGAAGACAAUGGAUGGCCUGGGUGCUGUCUCUGAGUCUGAUUUUCGGCGAGGCAUUGGGACAGAUAAGAUAUUCUAUAUCAGAGGAGAUCAAAGAAGGGACUUUUGUUGGGAAUAUUGCAAAGGAUUUGGGAAUAGAUCCAAUUAUAUUACAAGCAAGGGGAUUUCGUAUUGUUUCUGGCUCUACUGAACCCCUUUUCCAAGUAAACCGAAACGAUGGGAUUUUAUACGUAAAUCGUAACAUUGACCGUGAAGAAAUAUGCCAGCGGACCAGUGCGUGUUUGAUAAAUCUUAAGACCGUCCUCGAGAACCCACUGGAGAUCCAUUAUGUGGCUGUGGAAGUGUUAGACGUAAAUGACCAUUCGCCCUCUUUCCCGGAAGAUAACAAAAGGAUAGAGAUUUCGGAGUCCACUUUACCGGGAACCAGAUUCCAGUUGCAUGCUGCUCUCGAUCCAGAUGGCGGAGUGAAUUCCGUUCAACAGUACAAACUAAGUCCUAAUAAUAAUUUUCACCUUGAAGUGAAAGACAGCGGAAAAGAUGGCAAAGUGCCUAUUUUACAAUUACAAAGCCCGUUAGACAGAGAGGCCUCUAGCAGCCACACACUACUUCUUACAGCGCUGGAUGGAGGUAAACCACCUAAAUCAGGGUCCAUGGAAAUAUGUAUUGAUGUUCUAGAUGUAAACGAUAAUGCUCCAGUUUUUACAAAAGAUGUGUACUCUGCAGAUAUACAUGAACAUGCAGCUAUUGGAACAAUAGUCAUACGAUUAAAUGCCACAGAUAUGGAUGACGGUUUGAAUGGAGAUGUCAGCUAUUCUUUCGGCAAUGUAAAUAGUAAGGUACGUGAACGUUUUAAUGUCGACCCGAUCACAGGUGAGAUUAUUGUGAAAGGACAAUUAGACUAUGAAGUGGAUGACAGUUACGAGAUAAAUAUACAGGCAUCUGAUAGCGGUGCUGUUCCAUUUAGAACAGAAAAAAGCGUUAGUAUAAAUAUUAAAGACAUCAAUGACAAUGCACCUGUAAUUGAGGUGACGUCACUGUCUAGCAAAUUGUCCGAGAAUUCGAGACCAGGAACAACCGUAGCACUUCUUAGCAUUACGGAUUUGGACUCAGGAAUGAACGGAAAAGUCCUCAGCUUUGUAAAAGGCGAUGUCCCUUUCACAAUAACACCUUCAAUACAGGACAACAUGUACACUGUUGUGACAAAGUCCCAGCUUGACAGGGAAAAUAAAUCGAUUUAUGAUGUAACAGUAAUUGCAAAAGAUGCAGGCGAACCCUCUUUAACAACUGAAAAGACCUUGCGAGUUAUUGUAUCCGACGUUAACGAUAACAGGCCAGAGUUUUCUAUGAGGCAAUACAAUUUUUACGUCACCGAGAAUAACCCUGCAGGAGUAUCAGUAUUUUCUGUAAUCGCGUCAGAUCAUGACGAGGGAGUUAAUGCUUUUAUUUCGUAUAAUAUUCUCAGAGAUGCAGCUUAUGCAAAUACAGUGACGUCAUUUCUCAACGUAAACUCCGGUAAUGGAGAUAUUUUGGCACUAAAAAGUUUUGACUUUGAAACCCUGAAAACGUUCCAGUUCCAAGUUGUCGCCUCAGAUUCUGGAACUCCACCACUAAGCAGCAACGUCACAGUGAACGUGUUCAUUCUGGAUCAGAACGACAACGCUCCAGUCAUCCUGUAUCCAGUCAGCUCGAACGGUUCUGCUGAAGGUGUGGAGGAGGUUCCCCGCAAUGUGAACGCAGGACACUUGGUGACUAAAGUCAGAGCCUAUGACGCUGAUAUCGGAUAUAACGGCUGGCUGCUGUUUUCACUGCAGGAAGUUACUGACCACAGUCUCUUUGGGUUGGACCGCUAUACAGGACAGAUCAGAACACUUCGCUCAUUCACAGAGACAGACGAGGCGGAGCAUAAACUGGUCAUACUGGUGAAAGACAAUGGGAACGUGUCACUCUCAGCAACAGCGACUGUGGUUGUCAAAGUUGUGGAGCCCAAAGAGGCUUUUGCUGCUUCUGAUGUUAAAAGUGCAACAAAGGAUGAGGAGGAUAACAAUGUGACUUUCUACCUGAUGAUAACUUUGGGCUCAGUUUCAACUCUUUUUCUCAUCAGUAUCAUCGUGCUGAUUGCAAUGCAGUGCUCUAAAUCCACAGACUACACUUCUAAAUAUCUACAAGAGACUAAUUAUGACGGGACCCUGUGUCACAGCAUCCAAUACAGAUCUGGAGAGAAACGCUACAUGUUAGUUGGACCCAGAAUGAGUAUAGGAUCUACUAUAGUCCCGGGCAGCCACGCGAACACACUCGUGCUCCCUGAUAGGAGGACACCUGGAGAGGUAAGAUUAAAAAAAAUCGUUCUUUGCAAUGUACGAGCAUAUGAUUCUUUGCAUUGA